AUGGGGAUCCCCCAACUCCUAAAAUACGUUAAUUCGAAAUCACAUCUUUGGGAAGAGGUCAUUCUUCAAGAUACCAAACUGGUCAUAGAUGGGUUAGGUUUGUGCUACUAUCUUUAUAAACAUGAGUUUAAAUUUGACUUCCGGUGCGGUGGGCAAUACGGCGAGUUUUAUCACGCGGUUGAUUCGUUUUUUACUGCUUUGAGCUCUAAACGAGUCGAGUGCUUUGUGAUCUUCGAUGGCGCGGACGAUCCAAGCGACAAAAAGUUGGAAACACUCCAGGAGCGAGCAAUCCAGAAUAUUCAAACGGCGGAUGCUUUGGCAAAAUCAGCUGCUAACCCCAAGUUCUUACUUCCGCUUUUGACCAAAGAUGUUUGCCUACAGGCGCUAAGGGAUCUUGGCAUUCAAUUUGCAGUUUGCGACAGGUAAAUAAUAUUAAGCUUUGAUAAAACGCACUGUUUCGAAGACUUUAAAAGCGGGAAUUCCCCCAUGGAGGUUGGCAGUCGUCUUACGGGCAAUGGUAAAAAGUGAGUACCCGAUUCGACAAAGUUGUUCACAGCCCUCAAUUUUUUUCUGUAUUUACAUUCGAUAACCAUACAAACUGGGCCUAAUCACAAUCCAAAACUGAGUUUUAGCUUCAGGCGAAACUGCCUAUCUCAGUAAUUUAUCAAUAGAGCCCUGACCUGCACUUGUGACCUGUGAUCUGUAACCUGUUUUUUGUACCUGCCACUGCGGGCAGGCUCCCAGGGAAACGUUGUUUAAAGAGAAGGGGAGAGAUUUUAUCUCCUCGCACGGUAACCGGUUAUUUUUCCCCAAGUCAUUUCGCCCCAGUUUCUUAAACCCCUUUUUUGAGUCAUUCAGCGCGCUUUAAAUGUCAUAUUCCCCGAUCUAUAAGCCAUAAAGAAAAACAAGUGCACUUCAAACGUAACAUUCCUCGUUUUAAAAAAGGGGGCUAAGUAACCGGGGAGAAAUGACCGUAAAGCCCUCGCUCGAACCUCCACUAAAGAGCCUUUUCAUAGGCUAGCACGACCAAACACUACCCUGCAAUAUGAAGCUAUGAAAUUGUUUGUUAAGCCAGUGUAUUUUCUUUUGCGGCAAGCAGUGUAGUUUUUGAUGUUGUAUUUGACCUAAGAUAUAAUCCUCUCGCUUUUCCUCAACAGUGAAGCUGAUGCAGAAAUUGCUUCCUUGGCUCAAUCAUUGAACUGCCCAGUUCUAGGCGAUGAUACUGACUUCUUCAUAUUUGAUGUAAAAGCAGGCUACAUACCACUGUCUUUUUUCGACUGGAAAGGAGGUCAAUUAACAGCCAGUAUUUUCUACCGUAGUAAACUGGCAUCACACUUUGGAAUUCGCGCAGAACUGAUUCCUUUGUUAGCUUCUUUGGCGGGCAAUGAUUACGUGAAAACGCACGCACUGGAGGCUUUUUACCGUGCAUUGACUGGCAGUCCGGGCACGCAGCAUUUUAGCAGAAGUGAAGAAAGGUUUAGAAAAAUUGCUAACAAGCUGUCCGAGCCACCUGACUCGUGUAACCAACAGGAAGCACUGGAGUCCGUCCUUCAAAUGAUAUCAUCGGAAGACAGAUGUAAACUGAAACAAGCUGUACAACUUUCCCUUCAGGAAUAUAACAUUAAGGAAUCGAAUUUAUUUGAUUAUUUCACAACUGGUGCGGUGUGCAGCUCUCUUAGGACACGCAAUGGCCACGAAAUUAAGCAGUGGGUUUUGGAACGGUUUCGUUCUGGGCUGUUUUCAACCAAAUUUAUGAAUAGUUUAACCUCUGGUAAAUGCUUGCUUCGAGUGCAGGUUGAAAACUGUGACGAAAUUUCCGCAAACCGCUCUUCUUUGCGGCUUAGACAGUUUGUUUACGGUAUUCUAAACGAUGUAGAAGAAGGCACAAACGAACCGGGAAAUUUACCAUCUGUCCAAGAAUGGGAUAGAGCAGGCACUGAGCUGGAACAGUUCAAUGUUGCACCCUAUGAAGAGGGUGUGGUACCAGGUAUAAGUCUCAUGCCAUAUCUCGAGACCACAGAGACGCUAAACGUUUUGUUAUUUGCGCUUGAUAGUGCAGACACACCCGAAAUCGAGGCUUUACCGCAGGAUAUGAAGAUAUUUGCUGCAUCACUUCGUUAUCUUCUCAACCAUGCGCAGCCAGAGCUGAAGAUGAAUCAUCUCUUGGCUUUAUUGUGCUGUUGUGUUAAGUUACAAGACAAUUUGGCGGAAGAGAACGUGAAAACUCAAUCAACUGAUCUGCGAGCAGCGCACAGUUUUUGUCAGUGGCAGUCUGUUUUGAUAGACGCUAUCAACCUUAACCGCAUUUUACUAGAGCCUGUACUUACACCGUACAUUCAUAAGAUAUACAAUGGACAAACGGCGCACAGUCUGGCGGAGAAACUAAAUCAACGUAAGUUAUUUAUCGACAAAACACUGAGUAAACCAUGCCAGCACUUCCCCGUGCACAAGCAAUACUCAAAACUAUGAAAAUUAAACAAAAAAUUGAAAGACUUAAAAAAGACUUUAACAACAGAUUGACAAUUGGAUGCAUGGUUUGCAUUUGACACUAACUGAUUAUUGUGGUCGAAUCUUUCAGUUUCUAUCGAACUCAGCUACUUGCUUGGAUUGUGAGACAAAGUCACUUUUCAUGCCUUUUAGCGAAGCACUUUUUGCAGGCAAACAUUCCCAUCUCAAGUUGACAUUUCUUUACAUGUUGAAUUCCUUUCACGUUAGCUUGAGCUACUUUAAUAACCUACGCGAAAAGUCGAGUCACCGCAGAAUACUAGUUGACACGACGCGGUUUGCAAAUAAUAUAAGGUUAUAAAUACUCUCUUUUGUUACAGUUGCAAGCUAACCAUUGCCUUUUCAGUUUAAUUUUUCAAUGACAGCCGAUAGUCCAACACUUCUACACUACAAUGAGAACCUUGUUACACCUUGUUACAAUCAGGAAAGAACGUACGAAUUUAGUAGUAAUUUGUUAUGUACUUUCUUUUUCAAGGAUGUGCCCCAGAGGAACUAAUUCCGUCUUCAAAACAACAGUUGUUCAACCAACUUAAAACUGCGGUAACAAAGAAUCUGCUACACAAAAUCGCCCCAGAAGAAAGACCACGUGAAAGGAACAGUGGAAGGAAGGCCAAAGAUUCUCAUGUCAAGACUGCAUCGAAAAAAUCUGAUGACGGCAAAAGGUGGGAAAAUCGAUUUGCAUUUUUGCGUGACUUGGAAGAACAAGAUAGUCAGGAUGACGACAAGUGA